AUGGCAGUGGCAAUGAUUAUUAUUUUGGGCCUGCUACAUGAAUCUAUUUUCACUGCUCAGCUCAAACAAUCUGAAACAUCCUAUAAAGUCAAAUAUUCUAAACGUGAAUUUUUUUUUUCAGUUUAUUACGCUCAACUGUUGCUGAGGAUCUUACACGAUUUGCUUUGGGACAUUUUUCAGUUUUCAAAAGCAGCUGGUAGAAUAAAAGAGGCCAUAUCUAGUCUUCCUGUUGCAAAUGAGAAUGAUGAUAUGGAAGAAUCUGUUGCUUGGAAAGAAGAGUUGGAGGUGCCAAGUACAGAAGGACAUACAAACGAGGAAGAGCCCGAUCCAUUUGGACUGGAUGCCCUGAUAACAAAUUCUAAGAAGGAUGAUAGUUCAGAGGGGAAAAGGGAGGCAGUAACCAAUAGUCGAAAGGAAGAAGAGGAAGAGAACAGGAUAUUCCUCAAGUUACAGAGGGAGGGCUUGAUUUCUUGUUUGGAGAUUGCUGCUAAGAGAUACAAAACCCCAUGGUGCCAAACUGCUAUUGACAUCUUAGCAAAGCAUGCAUUUGAUAAUGUUUCAAGAUUCACCACCCGACAAAGGGACGCCAUUGGGAAACUUUGGGCUUCGAUUCGAGAACAACAAACUCGUAGAAAGCAAGGAAAAUCUGUAUCUGGGAAGCUUGAUGUGAAUGGCUUUGAGUGGCUUCAGGAAAAAUAUGCAAACGAGAAGAUUAGCAUUCGACAUUCUGUGGGAGGAAGUGGCGAUCGUAAAUGCCAACAGUGGCUUGGUUAAUGAAGCCUUCUAUUGUCACUCUGUUCUGCAGAAGCAUGCAAUUUUGCACCCAGAAAUUGGACUGUUGAUAAUGCAAAUAGUCUUUUGAAGCAGAUAACUGCACUGUUGUUUUAUGUAUAAUUUAAUUACAUUCUAUUUAACCGUUGACUUAAUUCACCCCUAUUUUAUGUAGAGUUGGUUUCUGCGCA